CCUCCCCAUCUGAAUCCAACCAGUCUUCUACACAAGUCUUCACAUCUUCUCCUCCAUCACCACCAACUCCACCACCCACUCCUCCUCCCCCUCCUCCUCCUCCUCCCCCUCUCCUCCCUUCCCCCACCUAUUCGCCUCCCGAAAGCUCCCCCACCUUCCUCCCCCCCUCGUCCUCAAUUUCGUAUCGCCCCACCACCACAACCACCACAACCACCCCACCACCUCGACCCCCCGUUUCCGUUGUCGUCACCAACCAAUUUUCAGAGAAUAACGCCCGCUUGUCUUACCUAUCCCUCCCAUCAGACUAGCAACUUCAGUUCGACAGGAUCAUUUCGUCGCGUCGUAGCUCUUGGCUUUUCUCGCACCCAGUUUUCAGCCACACCCCCAACCUUUUGCGAACGCUAUACAACGACUAGUCAUGUCCAACGACGCCGUUGAGAAUCACGAAUCCGCUGGUAUUGACGAUAAUGCCGCUUUCGAUGCCAACUUCCAGAAUCUUCACAUCGACGAGCAUGGAGAAGACGGCGAACACGAAGGUGCUCGCACCGAGGAGGAAUAUGCCAUUGCUCCCCUCACCCUCCGCGCCAUAGUGUCCUCGAAGGAGGCCGGCGUGAUCAUUGGAAAGGCUGGAAAGAACGUGGCCGAUCUCCGCGACGAAACCGGUGUCAAAGCUGGUGUCAGCAAGGUGGUGCCGGGCGUGCAUGACCGAGUGCUCACCGUCACUGGUGCUCUCGAGGGCAUCGCCAGGGCUUACGCUAUGGUUACGCAGACCUUGUUGGAGAAUCCCCCCAGCACUAUGACCGCGGCUCCCAUAGGCCCGCAUCCCGUUCGUCUGCUCAUCUCGCACAACCAGAUGGGCACCAUCAUCGGACGUCAAGGUCUCAAGAUCAAGCACAUCCAGGAUGUUUCCGGCGCCCGCAUGGUUGCGCAGAAGGAAAUGCUUCCCCAGUCUACCGAACGUGUCGUGGAAGUCACCGGCGAUGCUAAUGCCAUCCGAAUGGCUGUCUGGGAGAUCGGCAAAUGCUUGAUCGACGACUGGCAGAGGGGCUCCGGCACUGUUCUGUACAACCCUGCUGUCCGUGCUCAGGGUGGAGGAUCUGCGCCCAGCAAUGGUGGUGAAGAGCGCACACCUCCUAGGGCUGGAAUGGGGUACUCUGGCGAGCGUGGUGGAGAGCGCGGAGAGCGCGGCGAGCGUGGAGGUACUCGGUCAUAUGCCCGAACUGGAAACGGAACCGACUUCUCCGAUGCCACUCCAUCUAGGCGAAAUGAUGCCGGCCUGCCGCAGCGUUUUAACGAUCGCAAUGACCGUGGCGACCGCAAUGACCCUGUUCCCCAGGGAGAGGACGGAGAUGACUACCAGACGCAGAACAUUUCUAUUCCUGCUGAUAUGGUUGGCUGCAUCAUCGGCCGUGGAGGCACCAAGAUUCAGGAAAUCCGUAGAGCCUCUGGAGCGAGAAUCAGCAUCGCCAAAGCGCCCCACGAUGACUCCGGCGAGAGGAUGUUUACCAUCACGGGAUCGGCGCCCAGCAACGAGAAGGCUCUUUACCUACUGUACGAGAAUCUUGAGGCUGAGAAGCAGAGGAGGAACAGCCAGGGAAGCCCCGAGUAG